AUGCAGCUCGUAUUCAUUCUCCUAAUUUGUGUCACCGCACUUGUCGCUGGGGCUCCUCGAAUAAAGCGGCAGUACUACUAUCCUUACUACCAGUAUAGACAACCGUUUACUACGUCGUAUUUCCAUGGUCAACCGGUUUACGAUUCCGACUAUGGAUAUGGUGGUUAUGGAUUCAACGAUUACUACCACUACAGACAACCAAGCUACAGAUACUAUUACCGUCAGCCGGUUUACUACAGUGGAGACUACUAUGGUGGCUACGACGGACCCUACUACAACGGAGGGAUCCUAGGAUUUGCUGGCUCAUUAAUUAGCAGUGUACUUGGAUGA